AUCCAGAUGGAACUGAUUAUUGAUCUGUCUGUUUUUAGGAAAAUUAAGUAUCUUGAAUUGCUUCACAAGGGUCACAUUGUUUUGGUUUAUAUUGCAUUGUAUUGGUGGCUUAUUAGAUACAUUUGGAGCUUCUUUAAGAGAGAGAAGGAACCAAUGAAAGUGUUGGUCAAGGGUGCUACAGGGCAAAUAGGUUAUGCCAUUGUUCCAAUGAUUGCAAGGGGAAUCAUGCUGGGCCCUGAUCAGCCCGUGAUUCUGCACUUGCUAGAUACUGAACAGACAAAUGAAGCCUUGAAUUCACUAAAAAUGGAAUUGCUUGGUUCUGCCUUUCCUCUUUUGAAACAAGUAGUUGCUACCAGCGACAAUGUUGAAGCUUGUAAAGAUGUCAAUAUUGCUAUUAUGAUUGCUGGAUACUCACGAAAGGAUGGUUUGGACACCAAGGAUUUGAUGUCUAAAAAUGUAUCUAUUUACAAGGAUGUAGCUUCGGUCUUGGAGCAGCAUGCUGCUGCGGAUUGCAAGGUGCUAGUUGUUACCAACCCAGCAAACACCAAUGCACUCAUCUUGAAACAGUUUGCUCCUUCAAUUCCAGAGGAAAACAUCACGUGUCUAACACGACUUGAUCAUAACAUAGCAUUAAGCCUAAUAGCUGAGAAGGUAAAGGUUCCUGUUAGCAAUGUCAAGAACAUAAUCAUAUGGGGCAAUCACUAUGCAAAUCAAUAUCCGGACAUCAAUCAUGCAACUGUCACCAUAAAAAAUGAAGAGAAACCUGUUAAAGAAUGCAUUCCUGACGAUCAUUGGUCUCCGUUUUUUUUCGUUUGUCAUAGGUUAAAAACCGAGUUCAUCACCAAUGUGCAGCAGCGUGGCGCAGCCUGGAACAGAUCUCAGAAAGCAACAAACAGUGCAUUGUCUUGUGCAAGUGCGGCUUGUGAUCAUAUACAUGAUUGGGUUUACGGGACUCCCAAGGGAAAAUGGGUUUCCAUGGGAGUGUAUUCUGAUGGUUCUUAUGGGAUCCCAAAGGAUAUUAUUUACUCUUUUCCUGUUAAAUGUGAGAAAGGGAAAUGGUCAAUUGUGCAGGGGCUCACAAUCGAUGCGCUUACGAGGGAAAAGAUGGAUUUAGCAGCAAAAGAUCUCGAGGAAGAAAUAUCAAUGGCCAAGUCAUGCCUGGACUAACAAUGAACCCAUCUUUUCUUGGAGAAUAAUGAAGAAGACUCAAUAAAUACAUGAAGAAAAAAAAAAA